CGAAGGCCAUUCACACCAUUUCACAGUUCACAAACCUCUGAAUCGAAACAGGCAAUUAAACUGAAAGAAAGAUGACAACUUUGAAACCGCAAAUCCAUUUAAUCCCCUCCCAUUUCACUUCUUCCCCGUCUUCUUCCCCAUCUAGCGCUCCGAUUCUCAUCCAAAUCAGAUCUAAAUCCCAAGAAAAUCCCACUAAUUUCCCAGCUCUCAAGAACAGUAGUAGUGCUUCCUCCUCCUUCAAGAAAACCCACACAGAAAACCCAAGAAAUCUGGAGAAUCCCCAGAAAUUCUCAGAGAAACCAGACCAGAAAUCAAGAGCUCUGAUGUGGGGAGCUGCGGCAGUAGGAGCUGCGGUACUACUUAUGGGUCUUGGCGAGGAAGAAAAGGCGCUGGCUUUAGGACCCGGAGGUCCAUUAAUGGAGGAUUUCUGGGAGAACAUGAGGCGUUAUGGAGUAUUUGCCCUGACUGUGAGUACGGGUGCUCUGUACGCCGUUUUCCGGCCGAUAUUCGAGCUGCUGAGGAGCCCCGUCUCUGCAAUUCUCGUCGUCAUCGUGGUUGCGGGCGGGUUCUAUAUCAUGUCCCAGGUGCUUUCUGCCAUGCUUGGCAUCUCCUAGCUCCCAGGAGCUGCUACUAGCUAGCUUGGUUUCUGUGUUCUGCUGCGAAAAAAUGUUCUUCUUCCAUCAUAUGUCGAUUCUUUACAACUUUAUAUUUCUGUUGUUCAAACAUAUACUCCGUAUGUCUUUCUUCAAGCUCUAAUUUGUAAUU